GCGGUGUGUGUGCGCGCGCGCGUGUGUCUGUGUGUGUGUUGUAAGUUUAGUAGGAGCCGAGGAGGAGGAAGUGGAGGCUACAAAGAGCUGGGACACUUUUUAAAUCCGUGUCCCGCUGCUGCCGCCGCGGUGUCACCAUGAAGCCUGCGGCAGCUUGAGUCCGAACUUCAACACUUUUUAAAAUCUCUGCUGGACGGACGGACGGACGUCGGAGGUGAAUAUGAAGACGGCUCGGUCCCGGAUGGAAUAACGCGAUUUUUUUCCUCCUCAGUCGUCUGGAUCGAUCUGAUUUGGGGAAGAAAGGAAGAAAAUAUCGGAGAAAUACCGUUAUUUGCGAAGCAGAGCGAGACUAUGGGCUGCAUCAAGAGCAAAGAGGACAAGGACCCUGCCAUGAAAUAUCGACCAGAGAAUUCCUCAGCAACAGACCCUGCUGCUGCUACUCCUCAUGUAGGCCACUAUGGACCAGAACCCACCCAGCUCCAGCAGAGCCAGACUGCUUCAUCCUCAUCUGGUUCAGGGGCUGCAAACUUCAACCACACACUCGCACCAUUUGGUGGCACCUCUUCUGCUAUGACUCCAUUUGGAGGGGCCUCAACUUCAUUCUCUGCUUCCGUGUCAAACUCAUUCUCUGGCACCGUCUCAAGUGGAGUGACAUUCUUUGUGGCCUUAUAUGACUAUGAAGCCAGAACAUCAGAUGAUCUUUCAUUCAAAAAAGGAGACCGCUUUCAGAUAAUCAACAAUACAGAGGGAGACUGGUGGGAGGCUCGUUCCAUCAACACGGGCAAAAAAGGCUACAUCCCGAGCAAUUAUGUGGCCCCUGCUGACUCCAUCCAGGCAGAAGAGUGGUACUUUGGUAAAAUGGGCCGUAAGGAUGCAGAGCGGUUGCUGUUGAGUGCAGGGAAUAAUCGAGGAACUUUUCUGGUGCGAGAAAGUGAAACAACUAAAGGUGCUUACUCUCUCUCCAUACGAGACUGGGAUGAAGCCAAAGGUGACAAUGUGAAACACUACAAGAUCCGCAAGCUUGACAGUGGAGGAUAUUACAUCACUACACGAGCACAGUUUGACACAUUACAGAAGCUCGUCAAACACUACAUGGAGCAUGCAGACGGCCUUUGUCACAAGCUGACGACCGUUUGUCCCACAGUUAAACCUCAGACCCAGGGACUCGCUAAAGAUGCUUGGGAAAUUCCUCGUGAGUCCCUGCGACUGGAGCUCAAACUGGGCCAGGGUUGUUUUGGAGAGGUCUGGAUGGGCACUUGGAAUGGCACAACCAAGGUGGCUAUAAAGACACUAAAGCCAGGUACCAUGUCACCAGAGGCCUUCCUUCAAGAGGCUCAAAUCAUGAAGAAGCUCAGACACGACAAGCUGGUGCCUCUCUAUGCUGUAGUGUCUGAGGAACCAAUCUACAUUGUCACAGAGUACAUGGCCAAAGGAAGCUUGCUUGACUUCCUCAAAGAGGGUGAUGGUAAAUUCCUAAAGCUUCCCCUGCUGGUGGAUAUGGCAGCACAGAUCGCUGAUGGUAUGGCCUUUAUCGAGAGGAUGAACUACAUCCACAGGGACCUGCGUGCUGCCAACAUUCUCGUAGGUGACAAUCUGGUGUGCAAAAUCGCCGAUUUUGGCUUGGCCAGGCUGAUAGAGGACAAUGAGUACACAGCGAGACAAGGGGCCAAGUUUCCUAUUAAGUGGACGGCUCCAGAGGCCGCCCUGUAUGGACGCUUUACCAUCAAAUCAGACGUCUGGUCCUUUGGAAUCUUACUCAUUGAGCUUGUCACCAAAGGCAGAGUGCCCUAUCCAGGCAUGGUGAACCGGGAGGUGCUAGAGCAGGUGGAGCGGGGCUACCGCAUGCCCUGCCCUCAAGGUUGUCCCGAGUCUCUUCACGAGAUGAUGAAGCUCUGCUGGAAGAAGGAGCCAGAUGAGAGACCCACGUUUGAGUACAUCCAGUCUUUCCUGGAGGAUUAUUUCACCGCCACGGAGCCGCAGUACCAGCCUGGAGAAAACCUAUAGCCUGCUGGCUCUCUGCCUGACCCUGAUAACAGACUACAGGGCUCCAUCACAGAUGGAGAGGACAAGAAUGAUUCAACUUUAGAACGUUGACUGGGAGGCUGGCUCACCAGUUGUAGAAACCACUACAUCCACUGUCUGUUCUUAACUUUUUAAGGUCUUAAUUAGGUCUUCAUGGUUCCAUUAGAUUCCAAAGAACUGAGUUAGUCCAUGUCCAAAUUUCAUUUAGUGUCACGGGGGUAGGUCAGUGAGAUAAGGAGUUGGGCUACCCAUAUGUAGAUCUGGGUUUGAUUCCUGGUCACACUGCCUGUCUGUGUUGAGACACUUCAUCUGCAUUCUCAGUCCACCUAUCUGUAAAUGCCUUGGCUGGGGA